AUGAAAAAGAAGCUCGAAACUCACUCUUCAACUAAUCAGUCGACAGACAACCUGUAUCCCAUACGCAAGCUCAUCCCCGGCGUGGCUUUAAGCUCGGUGAAUCAAUUGAUAAAACAAUGGCUCAGCAGAACCAUCGCCAGGCCUCCAUCCGCACCAGGCUUCGUCGUUGAUCUGUCGACGCCAGCUAGCUUCAGGGCAUCGCAAUGCAUCACUACCAUCUCCAUCGCAGUGCCUCACUACCAUCUCCAUCGCCGCCAUCAUCAUUUCGCCACCGUCCCAUCAUCGUUGUGCUCUCGCCAAUCGCCUAUGCUCGAUGUUGUCGACGUUGAACCCCUAAAUUGUUGCCUUGACCUUGCGAUCGCGAUCGUCAAUACUGGGACUCCUCUACAGACUCGUUGGUCAUUUGCAUUCUCAUUCCUUCUUCAUGAGAGAUGUGGGUUGUUAUUUAUUUUUUUCCUUCCUCCUUCAUGUGACAGGGAGGGUGGAUGGUGGGAAAAGAUAAGAGAGAGGUGA